AUGUUCAAAUAUGGUAUUACGUCGCUAGAUAUAGCUAUACGCAACAUCAGAUUUAAUUUUAUUAAACUGAAAUCAACAGCAAAUAUAUAUAACCAAAGGAUAUUUGGAAUAUUAAAGAAGAAUCAAAUUGCAUAUUUAUCUACAAGUUGUCGACUACUAAAUACAGGUAAUACGAAUGAUACAACUGUUGGAGGUGUGAAAGUCACACCUAUUCCUGAUCUUACCAACGAGCUUCAACCUAUGAAGAAUACAAAGACUGAAGGCGAAGAAACUUCUGGAGAAGAGGUUCCUAUGGAAGAUAUGGAUGAAAAAGAUGCAUACCUUACAACUAUUUUUGAGAAAAUGGAACCAUAUAUUGAUACAUAUGAAGUUUAUCAACAAUUCAUUAAAGCUGGAUUCACACCAGCUCAAGCAGAUGAACUUAUUAAUUAUCUUAUUACUCAAAUUAAUUCCAAAGUAUCUAAAUUAUCUACGAAAUAUUCACAGCUAUAUGAGCUUGAAAAUGAAAGAUAUUUAUUUGAAAGUGCUCAACAAGAAUUGAGAGUUGAUAUAACUAGAUCUCGUGAACAACAUAUUAAUGAAUUAAUAAAUUUGAUUCAUAUAUUAGAGAGAGAUUUUAAUAUAAUAUCUGACGAAUUAAAUAAUGAUUUUAUUCAAAUGAAGAAUGAUACUCAAGUUUCGGUUAAUGAUCAAAAUUCAGAAAAUACACUUCAUUCAAAGAAAAUCAGCUUGAGAAUUCAAGAAACAAACCAUAAGAUCACAACAGAACUUAAUUCUGCAAUGAGAUCUGAAAUUGAAAGUUUAAGAUGGCAUAUUUCUAGAUGGGGUAUCAUGGCUAUCUUGGUUUCAGUAUUUGCUGGCUGUGCCACAUUUUACAUGUACAAGAUUAAGACAAUGCGUAGACAAAACGCUCGUAACGAAUUUGUACCACUUGUCAUCUAUGAGCCAAGUGAAUUUGAUGAAGAUGAUUAUCAUACUGAUUUAGACAAAACCUUGAUCACUUAA